AGAUCUGUUUUGGGGCGGUUUAACUCUGUUCUGCAAUCAGCUGUAAAGCGUGACAGACCGAAGCAGCAGGGAACAAGGAAAUGCUGAGCUGACACGUCAAUAGACAUUCAUGAUGCAUGUGCAAGAAUGAUCGUAACACUUCUAAAAUCCUUUUAAUUUCGUAAAACAUGGAGUUCACUAACCGCUGAGGUUGUGUGGUCACCUUUACAAAGAGUUAGGCUUUGAGCCGUAUUAUCGACGAUGAUGUGUUAUCUGUUGUUUUCCUCAAACGCGGACCGGUUCAGCUGAUCAACUCACUUUGUUUUCAAACGCAGCCAUUUGGAUUCAUUUGUAAAGAGCUACUGCUUUUAUAUGAUCCAGUGAACUGAUGGCUCACAUUAAGAAGGAUGACAUUAAUCGUGAGGACUGGAUGUCAUGUUUGCCAGAGAAACUGUGGGAUGUCCCUUUAACACGUCUCUCAAUACCAGGUAGCCAUGAUGCAAUGAGCUACUGUCUGGAUCUCACUUCUCCACUGCUCCGAUCUGAGUCAGACACAUUGAGGUUACUGGAUGGAGUUUUCUGCUGUUUCACCCGGCCAGCUAUUCACAGAUGGGCUACUACUCAGGUGCAAAACAUUGUGGAGCAACUUGCAGCAGGCAUUCGAUACUUUGAUCUUCGAAUUGCCCACAAACAGUAUGAUUCUUCCAAUGAGCUUUACUUCACUCAUGUCAUUUACACACAUGCAAUGGUGCAAUGGAAACUCUACAGACUGUUGCUUCAUGGCUUGAAUCACAUCCCAAAGAAAUCAUCAUUCUAG